AUGGCGCCAAAUAAAAGAAGUGUCAUUUGGCAAUUAUUUGAUAAAAAUAAAGAUAAUAACAAAGUUAAAUGCAAAUUGUGUUCAUCUGUAUAUAAAUACGUAGGAAAUACUACAACAUUGGUGAAACAUAUAAGGAAAAGACAUUUAGUUCAGUACAGUGAAGCGAUUGGACAAAAUUUACCCAGGGAACUAAAUGAAAAUGUACCUGAACAGAUUUGUACUAAUUCUUUAAUUAGCGGAGCAGAAGCCGGUCAAAUUCAAAACGAUAUCAUUUUGCCGCCAUCACAGAUACGAAAUGUCACAGAGUCCAACGAACCCCCUCCGAAGCGCCCAAAACAAAUGCGUUUAAUUGCUCCUACUAAAAUCAACCAAAAAGUAGGAGAUGAUGCGCUAUUAGAUUUGAUUGUUUUAGAUAUGCAGCCACUACAAAUAGUUGAAAACGAAGGUUUUAAAAAGUAUUCGCUAAGAUUAAAUCCGGAUUAUGUGUUGCCAUCACGAAAAAAGUUGACCCAAAUGCUGGAAGAUAAAUACAAAAUAUGCCGUUCAGAAGUUAUUGGCAAAUUACAAAGUGUGGAACAUAUAGCUCUGACAACUGAUAUAUGGAGUUCAGACAGUUAA